AACGACGUUAUCAUUUGUUUACAAACGCAAAAUGGAUCAUUUCUAAAUCAUAUUUUUAGUGAUUUAAAAUUUAAAAAUUGUACUUUUGGUAAAGAUCAUGAAUCCCAUUGUAUCAAGCAUGGACAAUUCGGAUGAUGACUAUGAUGAUUAUAAUCAUGAAUGUUAUUGUAAUAUUUGGAAUUUUUUUUUGAUACCUGGUCAUUAUGAUGAUGAUGAACCAGUGGUGGCCACAAUGAUUAAAAAUCUGUAUCCAAGAAGAUCGAAUUUUUCCAUCGAUGUUAAAGUGGUGACAAAAUCAUCGAUUCAUCAUUUCAUAAAAAAGGAAAAUAGUGCAGAAACUGGUAAAUUGUUUCGUUUCGAUGUUUAUGACAAAGAAUAUUCCGAAAUACGUAUUGUGUCAUUUAAUGAAGAAUGUGAUCGAUUUUUCGACCUUAUUAAAGUCGAUGAAUGUUUUCGUAUUAGUCGUGGUCAUGUUAAACCGUCAAAUAAACAAUAUUCAACACUUUCUAAUCCGUAUGAAAUAGUUACCACGAAUUCUACUGUCAUUGAACCAUUGAAAAUAACGGAACCAUUUGGUGAAUAUAAACGGAAAAUCAUUUAUAAUUUUAUUCGCUUUUCAUCAUUGCAUCAUCACGGUAUAGAUAGUGCCAUUGAUUUUAUUGGCAUUAUCGAUUCCGUUGAUCCAAUUCGAAAUGUUUAUGGCAGGUAUUCAGGUCGUAAUGUUUCACUUCUUAAAAUUUCUAUCUUUGAUUAUUCACUUUCACAUAUUGACGUGGCUCUUUGGGAUAAAAUGGCCGAUGAUUUUCAUGGAGAAAAAGGUCAAAUUGUAGCGCUGAAAAAUGUUAGAAUAAAACAAUUUAAUGGAUUAUCAUUAUCCUGUUCACCAUUAACAACGGUUACAAUUGAUCCAGAUAUACCUGAAGCUAUGAAUUUACGAAAUUGGUAUCAUAAUCAUAAUCGAACAAUCAUUCAAGAACUUUUUUACAUCAAACAAAUUAAACAGACAUCGUCAUUGUAUAAAAAUUUUGAUUGUUUAGCCACCAUUAUAUCAACAUCUGCAACGAAACAUCCAGCAUAUCGUGUAUGUCCUAGUGGUGAACAUUGCAAACGAAAAUUAUCAACAACCAACGAAGGUGAAUUAUUUUGUGGUUAUUGUGGAUGGCUUGAAUCCUCCAGUUUGAUUCAUUAUAAAUGGGGUCUCCGUGUUACCAUUUUAAUCAACGAUUUGACCGGAUCAUUGUGGAUUACUGUAUUUGCGGAUGUAAUCGAAAAAUUGUUGGGCAAAACAGCCGAAGAAAUAUCACAAAUGUCUUUAGAACAUUGGUUAAAUCUAUUCCAUUCAACAAUAUGGAUGCAUCAAUAUAUUUUCACCAUACAAAAAUCAAUCUAUCAAUCACGAGAUAAUUAUACUGUAAUUUCAAUCAAUCGAAACAACACAAAAAGACUUAUUGAUCGAUUACAAAAAUUGGAAUCAUCUACAUAACAAAAAUGAAACUUUUUUAUUUUCCUUUACCAUUUAAUAUUAUAUAUUUUGUUUGUUGAUUUUCUGUUUUGUUAGUUUUAAUAUAUAAUAUAUAUAAUUGUAUAAUCAUCAUAUUCGUAUAUACUACACAGAUAUCAUGUUUAUCAUAUCCUGCUCUAUAUAUACAAGACAAGUGCAAUUGUCCUUUUAAUUUGAAUACAGAAUGUGUGGUGAAAAUAAAAAACCAUUUCCCUUUUUAUCAAAUGAAUCUAAUGCACAAAUUCAUAUAUGCAGAGAUAUUUCAUUAAAAAAAAUUGAUGAUAAUGAAUGCAUACCACCAAAAAAAAUGAACAUUUG